CUUUGGUUUCUUCUCCUUCGCUUCUUAUGCGGAAUCCUCCCUCGAAUGGCUUAACCCACAAUCCAAACUUUCUCUCUCUAAAAUUUCUCUUCUCGUUUUCUCCGAGAAAAUUCGUGUGUGCAUUGGUGAUUUUCUGUAUGUCUUUUUCCUCCGAGCUUUGUUCUUCGAUUUUCUUAUCGGCGUAGCAUCGAAGCUCAAGUGCCCCCUUUUUAUAGAUGGGAUUUCUUUGAAGUAAAUGUAGAUGAAAUGGAUUAACAUUGGUGCAGACUAAGUCUUAUGCUUGUUUUGCUGGAGGUUGGGUGGAGGUUUGCAACAUGUUGAUAGAUACUUCAUUGAUUUUUAGUCACUCCUACAAUGAGAAGUGGAUUUUCGACGACAUUGUAUGUUUCAUGCUACGUUUUGGAACUAUAGAAUCUCUACAAGCUAUUUGCAGACACUGUGCUGUCAGUGCAGGCACCUCUGUAUGGAGGUCGAUUGAAUUCCUUUGAAAUAAUUCUGAUUAUAAUUUGCUGCAGCUGUAAUUAUGGAAAGAUAUAAGAUUUUGAAGGAGCUUGGAGAUGGUACUUGUGGUUGUGUAUAUAAGGCCUGGGAUAAGCUAACAGGCGAGAUUGUUGCUGUCAAGAAAUUGAAGAGAAAGUUUUACUUUUGGCAAGAACACACAAAGUUACGAGAACUUAAGGCCCUUCGAAAACUGAAUCAUCCCAAUAUUAUAAAGUUGAAGGAGGUUGUCCGGGAAAACAAUGAAUUGUUCUUCAUUUUUGAAUAUAUGGAUUAUAAUCUGUAUCAAAUAAUCAGAGACCGACCAAGGCCCUUUUCAGAAGAAGAGAUCCAAAACUUUAUGUCUCAAAUGUUGCAUGGACUUACUCACAUGCACAGAAAUGGGUAUUUUCAUCGGGAUCUAAAACCUGAAAAUUUGCUGGUGACAAACGACUUUCUUAAAAUUGGCGACUUUGGACUGGCUAGAGAAGUGUCAUCAGUGGGUCCUUAUACUGAAUAUGUUUCCACACGGUGGUACCGGGCACCAGAAGUUCUGUUGCAGUCUUCAUCCUACACGCCUGCAGUUGACAUGUGGGCAGCUGGGGUUAUACUAGCUGAGCUUUUCACUUUAUCCCCUAUUUUCCCUGGCAAAAGCGAAAUAGAUCAAUUGUGCAAGAUAUGCCAAAUACUUGGUGUGCCAGACUUGAAUAUUUUCCCCGAAGGGACGAACGCCUCUCGAAUACUCAGCAUUUUUAGUUAUGAAGAGAUUUUGCCUGCAAACCUUGCUGAUAUCAUUCCAAAUGCUAGCUCAGAAGCUCUCGACUUGAUUUUGCGACUAUGUUCAUGGGACCCUUCAAGGAGGCCAGAUGCAGAUGAAUCAUUAAAACAUCCUUUUUUCCAUGUGGGUUGGGUUCCUUAUCCACUUCGUGAUCCACUUGAGCUGAAAUUGAGCGACAUGGGAGAAAAGCCCAAACUAGAGUUAAAUUUACAGGACUUUGGCCCUGAACCCGAGGACUGUUUUCUUGGCUUGACGUUGGCUGUGAAUCCCAGUGUUUCAAACUUAGAAACGGUACAUAAUGCUUCUCAGGGUAUGAGAGAGGACAUACUGUUUUGUUCGGGUUUGAAUGAUCAUUCAGAACGGUCAGUUUUUUGGCCACUAUUUACGCCUGAUCGAAAUAGAAUUCAACCCCCAGUUGAGUCUUCCUUGUCAUUAUCAUUCAGUUCAAUUCAACAUCCAUCAAUGGGAGUCCCAUAAUGUGCAGGAUUCUCCAUUACAUCUCUGCAGCCUACUCUCUCUUUCUUUUUUUCUUUUUUUCUUUUAUUUUAUUUUCCAUCUCCCCCCUGCCUGCAAGGUCAAUAUUGGCCUUUGGAGUUAAUAACAAAAUGGUAUUUUCCGGUGUAAAUUAUUUAAUUUUCUUAAUGUAAAGCUCUUUUCACUGUUAUAGUUUCUGCCAUUAACUUAUGCUACUGUAGAGUGCACUUUCCAGAAAAUUAUACAGGAAGAAUUUUUUGAAACA